ACUCUCACCCGGAAGUGCUGUGUGAUUCACGUGACCCGCUGCGGAGCUCGAUCUCUCGGCUACUUUUACCCGUCUAUACCCGUACAUCGAACGAGCAUUUUCGGACCACACAUCCACGACGGACCCGGGGGGCUACUUCUGUGUCCCUUCCGUGUUCCGCGUCGCUCUCAGCUCCCUCCAUCCGGCCCGGAGACAAGGCCCUCCCGCGGCAACUGCUGACGUCUCCGGCCGCUGUAGCAGUAUGGGACCAGGAAGCGCAGCAGCUGUCGGGCGAUGAACGCACAAAGGACCACUAAAACCACACCUCGCAACUUCCACGGGUACAGAUCCUGAUCACAGCCGCGGUAGACGCCCGGAUCGCCGCAGAGAGUGUAGCUGGAGCUCCGGGGACUCUGCGGGAGCUCGGGCGGUUGUUUGGCCGUUAGCAUUAGCAUCAGCUCGGUUAGCACGUUCGGGUCGGUUCGCUCCAGGGAAUGAUGACGGGGAUCUUGGGGAGUAUGGACGGGGCACAGAGGAGAUUUGGGGUGACAGCUGUGGUUCUGUUCAUGCUGAUAAUGGACUGCACAGCUCGGAUACACAAGCUCACACUCAAGAAUGAAACUCGCUUCCUGGUCCAGCUCAACACCUUUGGUUUCUAUGCCAACGGGACCCUGGAUGUGAAUCUGACAGCGCUGAGAUUUUCUGAACAGCAAGUCAACUACCCGGUGGGGUUCAGCCUGUCCAGAUCUCGUGUGAGUGGGGUCCUGUCCUACACAGCCGAGGAGACGGAGAGCUGCCCCCUGACCGUCGCAAAGUCCACCAACAAUGAGCCUCUCAUCCUCUUUCUACUGGACGUCUCCUCGCUGAGAGUCAAUGUGAAAGUGAUGGGAAGUCAAGACAACAUCCUGACCGGGCGCACAGUGGACACAGCGAAGAGGUCCAAACGAGAGAACGAACCUCUCGCUCCUGCAGAGGAUCAACCACCUAUGGCCAAGUCAGGGAGCAGCAUCACUGGGAAGAAGGACCAGGGUGCGGAGCAGGUGAAGAACCCGGGUGCGGAGCAGGUGAAGAACCCGGGUGCGGAGGAGGUGAAGAACCCGGGUGCGGAGGAGGUGAAAGAACCAGGCGCGGAUCAAAAGAAGGACCCAGGCGGAGACCAAGUGAAGGACUCGGGCGCAGACCAAGUGAAGGACCAGGGCGUGGAUAAGGGAGAGGAGAAGGGACAGGAGAAGGUGGAUGAGAAGCAAGUAGUGCCAGAGGUGCCAGAGGUCCCAGAGGUGGAGCAGGUGGAGCUUUCAAAGAUGAAGCAGUUCUCUUUGGUUCUGGGCAAAGUGGAUAACUCCUACAACUUCAGUUUCCACCUGAAGGUCGGCACUCUGGCUCAGGGCCUCUACAACCUCAACUUCCACUACUGCCCCAAGAUGAUCCCAGGACUGCCCUACUCGCUCAGUGUGGAGGUGACGGAGAAGAACCCGGGGGGUUACCUGUCUGCUGCAGACAUCCCACUGCCGCGCCUCUACAUCGGGAUGGCUGGAGUGUUCUUCACCGCAGCCUUGGUCUGGGUCUACACACUUAUGAAGCACAGAUACAGCGUGUUUAAGAUCCACUGGCUGAUGGCAGCUCUGGCCUUCACUAAAGCUACCUCCCUGGUCUUCCACAGUAUAAACUACCACUUCAUCAACACAGAGGGCCACCCCAUUGAGGGCUGGGCGGUCAUGUAUUACAUCACUCACCUGCUGAAGGGGGCGCUGCUGUUCAUCACACUGGCUCUGAUUGGCACAGGCUGGGCUUUUGUUAAAUACAUUCUGUCAGAUAAAGAAAAGAAGAUAUUCAUGAUCGUCAUCCCUCUGCAGGUGUUGGCGAACGUGGCCUACAUCAUCAUCGAGUCGACGGAAGAGGGCUCCAGUGAGUACUCCCUGUGGAAGCAGAUCCUGUUUCUGGUGGACCUCAUCUGCUGUGGGGCCAUCCUCUUCCCCGUCGUCUGGUCCAUCCGCCACCUGCAGGAGGCGUCCAGUACUGACGGCAAAGCUGCGGUCAACCUGGAGAAGCUCAAGCUCUUCAGACACUACUACGUCAUGAUCGUGUGUUACAUUUACUUCACCAGGAUCAUAGCCAUUCUCCUGAAGAUCACCAUGCCUUUCCAGUGGCAGUGGUGCUAUGAGUUUCUGGUGGAGGUGUCCACUCUUAUCUUUUUUGUGCUGACCGGGUACAACUUCAGACCAGCCUCCAACAACCCGUACCUCCAGCUGCCCCAAGACGAGGAGGACGCAGAAAUGGACCAAGUAGUGACUGAGUCCGGAGCGCUAGAGGGCAUCUCCCACGUCAAGAAGACUUCCAACGGGCGCGACCGCCAAAAGGAGUCCACGCUAUGAGCCAUGCCCAGGAGCUGGACCCCUGACCUGAGGGAGAAGAGGACGGGACGCCCCCCCUCCCCUCUGAGACUCUGGUGCAGUGGUGAUGUGUCCACUGUCUGACUAUGCAACACACUCCACCGGGCUCCCCAGUGCCACGGGUGGACGGACAAUAGAGAUGCGACUGCCGCCAUCUUGAAUCUUUUUUUCAUCUGUCUAUCUCGCUUGCUCUUUCUCUCCAAAGAUGACUACACUGCAAAAAAAAAGUUGAAAUUCAGAAUAUUCAUCUUGUUUUGAGUAGUUAAAAUCGUUUCUAUGGCGACCACUUAAAAGGCCCAUAUUGCACUAUUUUCUGAUCUAUGUUAUAAUGUUGUUUCCUCAUCACAAACAAACCUGGAGUUGUCUUUUGCUUCAUUCACACAUGUUUAACACACAAACCUCUAUAGCAUAUGCACAUUUAGGUUGAAUUCUUCUCAACAGAAAACGCGCUGUUCCAGGUAAAAGGUGGCAUGCUAACUUAAACUACCACUGGAUGACAUCACAAGGUGGACCAGCACGUUUUGAGCUGCAGGUCUGUUUUUGAUGAGGUGACAACAUUAUAACACAUCUUAAAACUCAAGAAUCCAUUUUGUGUAAUAUGACUUUUAAUACAUCGAUGCUCAAACACAGACAUGCCCUUCCUGCUAUUGGCCAGUCUCAGUCCUGCUCUGAGUGAGUGACAGGUGGAUUUAACCAAUCACAGCGAAGACACAUGCCUUCUUAAAAGAACUAUAAAGCAGCAUGAUCAUUAAAAUUUAACCGUAAACUAUGUAACUUUUCUGGUGGAGGGUCUGCCACCUGCUUGUCUCCAUGGAGAUGUUAUUGCUUUGCCUGAAAUGUUCCAUGGCGUGGCAUUCAAUUUCUCCGACAGGCGAGUUUUCAAGGCGCUGUAACUGAUUUUUUACUGUCUUAAAAACCGUGAAAAGCAGAUUUAGUUCAUUUUAAACAGUUUGCUGUAGUCGAAAGUUAUUCCUCACUUACCUUAUGCGUUCUGACCACCCUAAUUAUUCACCAUGAUGACUUUAUAAACACUUUUCACAACUUUAACAGACCAGGGCGGAGUUUUGCAUCACUGUAAUGCUAACAGCAACUAGCAUGCUAACCGCUGAUCAAUACAAGACAUUUCUUGACUCUCCAGCAGAAAAGUAACUUAGUCAUAAUGUUCUAACUAAAGAUGCACUUUUUUGUCUUUCCUACAACCUUCGUUUAUUUUUAUUUUUUCUUACCAACCAAGGAACAAUUUACAUUUUUGUUACUUGAUCUCUCAUCGUCAGAUCUACUCAAACCCAGAUGGACUUUGUGAAUGGCCGUCGUCUGCGCCCGUGUUUGCCGUGUGGGAAGCGACACGGCGUCUGUGGGCGUGGUCUUUUGCGGUACUCCUCCUGAGCUCUGCGUUUGUGGGUUUUCAUGACAGACUUUUUCUGCUCAG